GAGUCCAGCGGCAGUGACUGCUCUCUUCGCGUACAGGAUGUUUUCGCGGGACUCUUGUUCAAUAUCUGAAUAUCGUCUGGUGGAGCUUGACCGCUGUCUUUGGAAAUAAGUUAUUUUUGGGGGAAACUUUCGCUGCUCCGCACCUAAUAAAGAAUAGCUAGUUAAGCGAACCGUGGCGAAGAUUAGCCAACUAAGCUAACAACCAUAUUCAAUGAGAGAAGGACACAGUGCUACUCUGCAGGUUUAUUUGAACCCAGAGACUACCUUUAGCUCUUUGACAAUGGUCUAGGUCUCUACAGUGAGCUUUCGUUGUUUUGUACUUCCGUAUGGUGUUUAAAAGCUGCUAUGGAGUACUGCAACAUGGAUAACAAUAAGCAUAAUUUGUUUUGGGGGUUGAGAUCCGUGCUGUUAUCAGUUUCGGGAGAUUGCCUUCAUUGACUUCGCUGUUCCCUUACCGAAGAAGUACUAUGAGGUUGCCAGGAAAUAUCUCAGAAGAGGUGUGUUAAGCUGUGAUCACCGUUUUCAUUGGCAAAGAAUGUCCGACUUGGAAAGUGCUAGUUCAUAUUUUGGUUUGGAGGAUCCGCUGUGGCUAUGCAUGGUCACACUGUUUAUCGCAUCCCUGGUUACUCUGAUAGCGUAUUUUAUACAGUAUUUCCAACAAAGGGGAGUAGGAAAUAAGCGGAGAGCAGCAGAGGACAAUGCGGCGAAGGAGGAAGCUGCCGCUCUGCUGGAUUGGGCGCUGUCACUGAAUAGCUGGAAAAGUCAAUGGAGAGCAGCUUGGUGCAGGGCUCUGAGCGACGAAUCAAGGAAGCGUGGGGGAGCUGUUCUGUUGACAUUUGAAGAGGAUGAUCUUGAGGCAUCAGAGCUCAUGGUCAGCCAUGUGUCUAACUUUCAGAAGUCUGCCAGGAACCAGGCCACUUGCUGCAGUGUGGUUGGGGAGAAGCUCCAGUUCUCUCUCAGUGCCACAUCGACAGCCAUGGCUACAGCAGAUCCUUGUAAAUACACGGUCUGUAUAGCCCCACUGGAGAUGCAGCUUGAUCUACAGAUGCAAGAAGGUGAAGAUGAGGUCAAAGUUAGCUGGGGAGUGUCUCACCUGGAGACAGGGGAGCUGCAGGUGACGCCCAAUUUCACCCAGGACAAUGCCAACACUUCCAGUGUAGCAGCCAUAAAGGAGCAGUUAAAGCAGCUGUUAUGUGCGACGCACCCCUCUUUGUUGCUGAGCUGCAGGUCUGCUCAGGCCUCAGAGGUCAAGGAAGCCCAAAACAAAGCAGCUUCACCCCCAAAACCCCCCCGUGCCCACGACUGGAAGCUGCUGGUGAAAAACAUCCGGGUGACGCUCAAUCAGGAGGAAGAUGCUGCAGGCAGCAUGAAUCCUCUGUGUGUCCUGCAGUUAGAUGAUCCUCCACAAAAGUUUAACACCUCUGUUUUGAAGAACACAACCAAUCCUGCCUGGGACCAGCCCUUUAUUUUUGAAUUGAAUGGACGAUCAAAAGAGCUCAAUAUUCAGUUGGCAAAUGAUGGACAAAAUCAAGAGAAUUCCUUACUGGGUCAGGUGUCAGUGCCUUUUGAUCUCGUAAAGAAGCAGCCCAAAGGACAGCAAACAUUUGCACUCAUGACCAAAGACGUGGUGACCGGAUCACUUACUACUGACUUUACCUACCUGGAGCCCAGCGAGGUGAGGUCCUGGCACCCUCCGACCCCAGCCUCCAAUAAGAAGGUGGAGAUGGACCGUACAGUCAUGCCCUGUGGCACGGUGGUCACCACCAUCACUGCAGUGAAGAGCAAGCCAGGUCGACCACUCCCACUUGGACUCAACUUAGAUUCUGCCCAGAAAGUUGUGGCCAACAAGCCCAAGCUGUCUGAGCGGCGUGUGUCAGAGCAGACGUCUAUGUUGGGGACCACAGUCAGCAAGGCGUUGUCCUCCUCUGACACCGAGCUGCUGAUGCUCAAUGGCACAGACCCGGUGGCCGAGGCUGCCAUCCGACAACUCCACCAGUCUGCCAAGCAGAAGCUCAAGUCCCCGGUGAAGAAGAGCACCAUCAUCAUCUCUGGCAUCGCCAAAACGCCCUUGUCUCAGGAUGAUGAGCUAGCUCUGAUGGCGGGCUACGCUGCGGCGAUGGAUGCCUCGAUGUCAGAGGGCAGCUCCACUCAGGAUGUGACCACAGCGAUUGCAUCAGGGACCAGCAGCCCUCCAGACACGUCGGAGCCCCAUGAAGGGCCCAGUGGAAUAGGCCGGCCUCCAGAGGACUGGGAGAGCCAGACGGGAGAGGAGCUAGACCAUAGCUCGCUAUCCAUGUGUGUGUCUGAGGUGAACUGCAAGAAGAGCAGAGGCAGCUUCCUACAGAAGAGUGCCAAGCUCUUCUUCCGCCGGCGUCACCAGCGCAAGGACCCGGGGAUGAGCCAGUCCCACAAUGACCUGGUUUACCUGGAGUCUCCAGCCGCAGUGGAGCGGGCCAGCCGAACAGCCACGCUUAGCCGUAUGCUCAACCGCAAGAGUAAGAGUAAGAGCAAAGCCAACGGCUCUACCUCCAUGGGGGAGCCACAUGCGUGACCCCCACCCCCUUUUCUCACCUCAGUCCCUCCCACAACUACCAUCAGCACCUCCACCUCAAACUUGCACUGGCAAACUAACCUACUCCCCCUAAUGUCCAACCUGCAUACUGGCGCUCCUGCAUUGUGAAUGGGAGAGCUGUGCAGAUGGAAAUAUAUCCUCUUUUAUUGCCAUAUCCUGCUUAAGUGCUUCCUAUAAGAAGCAGACAUUCCACCAAAAGCAAGUGCGUGCAUGUGUGGAUGAAGGUGUCCUGCCCUGAACUGAUGGCAUUUCAGAGGAUAUUAUUUUGCAUGUUUCUUUUAUUUGAUUUUAUGCGACAUUAUGAAAUCUUUAAGUGCUUUUAUGGCCUGGUUGCGGACAGAAGGGACUGGUGUGGGCCAUCACUCUUUACCUCACUGAGGGUAAAGGGUAAACUCUCCCUGCUGUAAAACGUAACGUUUCCUACGGUGGACCAACAGGACCAAAGAUGAAGAGCAGAGUGGUAUUUGUAUGAUUUGCACAAUUUUAGUACCUUUUUAUUUAAAGUGCAAUGACAGGAGCUACUCUCAUGAUAGGGACUCUUCUGUAGGUCUGAGUCAUGUUCAAAGCAUUCACAAAGGGAGACGAUCUUUUCACUGCAUAACUAGUGCAAGUGGGAGACAGUAAUACGACUACUUUUUGACACUAAGACUAUGAAAUAUGGUAUUUAAAUCAAUUUCCAAUUCACUUAAAAUACUUGUAAUUUUAUUCCAAGUGAAUAAUAAACAGCUGUAUGUAAUGUGCAUAUAAAAGCUGUACUACAAAAUGCAAGCCUUAUGUCUAACAAAGAUAACCAGUCAUUAUAGGUCAGUUGUGAUUGGCUUGUACAGAGGUGACGUUAUCAUGAACCGCCAGCUCUUGAAAUGAAUUAAUACCCUUCUAAGAGGAAACAGUGACACUGUGGCUAACAGGAAACUUUAGCUAUAUAUGAGCAUUUUAUGUUUACUCCUCUCUGUCUUGUUUUUAAAUGAUAUGCAACUUUCUUCUUCGUCUUCCCAGAAGAUUCCUCCUGUACACUACUAUUAUCAGCGGGACUGUUAAUGUGUCAUAAGGGAACGGAAUGAACCUUUAUUUAGGGACUGUGAUGUUACACUCGGCCAUACUCGUCGCAUUACGCACUAUUGAAAUUUUCUUAUAUGCUCAUUUCAAUCCUGCAUUUGAUCUGAAUGAAAUCCUCCUUUCAUUUAAUGUUUGAUUGUUUUUUUUUAAAGAUGUAGCUUUGAACACAUGAACAAGAGAAAGUGUGAACAUGUUUGAAAGCAACCAAAUUGUUUGGCUGCCUUUUUUUUUAUCCAGCUAAUGAUUGUAUUUCUUUUUUGUUGAAGACAUUUCUGUACAUCAUGUUAACUACUGUUUCAUCAGUUAUUUAAUCUGCUCAGAGAACUGAUGCAGCACAGUGACAGACAGAAUCAACAGAUUGCCUUACAGAUAGAUAUUCUGAGGACGUUGACGCCGGCGGCCGGUCUAGACUUGUUCCCUGACUCGAUGUGACUUUUCGGUCCUGAGGCCACAUCCACCAUCAGACCAGAGAACCAAAGGACUGUAGCGAGCUGUUGGACUGGCUCUGAGUGACGAGUGUGCCACUGUGUUUCUGCACCAUCAGCAAUGUCUAUAAUCAAGAAGCCUAUGCACAUAUCUGAGUGUUUUCGUUAGUGGACUACCUGAGAAUUAAAAACACUUACUGCUCAUGACAGCACUCUUCUGCAGAUACAGUGUGGGUUGUCUUUGUGUCAUGGUAUUUACAUGGUAGAGCUGUGAUCCCCUCGCUCUCUUCCACCAUCAUGGACUACAGUUUGUAAAAAUAAAUAUUAAAAAGAAAAUAUUCAGGCUGAAUAAAAUCCUGUAACCAUGAAAACGGGUCGUUUUAAUCUUGCUCAGCUUCAGAGUCCUCGCUCCAGGCAGCCUGCAAGCAGUGGCUACAGUUAUGCAUUCAGAGAGCAGUAGGGCUGUAUGUGAUUAAUAAACUGCUUCCUGAUGUUUUUUUAUUGGCAUCUGCUUUGUGCACAGAAACUGACUGACUUGACUGUUGCUAUAGAGAGUCAGUCAGUUCCCUGCAGGGAUUGCAACUAAUAUACAUAUCGAGUUAUUUCAU